CCCUCAGUUCUUCCGGGAGGGAAGCAGACAGAUGCCUGCACACACUGUCUCCUAGACGUAGAAUGCUGUAAAGCAGAUCACAGCUCCGACUUGAUGCCAUGGCGGGUAUCGUGACUAAGGAAGGUGUUGUGCAAGUUGAAGGGCAGCAGUUGUUUUAUCGUCAGACUGCACCAGCUGAGCAGAACCCCAGAUUCUCUGUUCUCCUGCUCCAUGGUAUUCGCUUCUCCUCUGAGACUUGGUUGAAGCUUGGAACCCUCCAGGAACUGGCAGGGGCUGGGUACCGGGCGAUAGCUAUCGACUUACCAGGUUUGGGUAAUUCCAAAGAAGUGACAGCUCCUGCCAAAUUGGGGGAUCUAGCUCCUGACAGCUUCCUCCUGAGUGUGCUCAGGGGUUUGGAGCUGAACUCUGUUGUGAUAAUCAGCCCGUCGCUGAGUGGGAUGUAUUCUCUGCCUUUCCUGUUUGGGCACCGUGACAUGGUGAAGGGAUUCAUCCCUGUGGCCCCAAUCUGCACUGAGAAAUUUUCCCCUGAGCAGUACUCCAGUGUGCAGACCCCAACACUAAUUGUCUACGGUGAAAAGGACAAGCCGAUGGGAGAGACAUCGUUCAACCAUCUGAAGAACUUGGCUAACCACAAGGUGCAUGUUAUGAAGGAUGCACAGCAUGCCUGUUACCUCGAUAAUCCUGAGGAGUGGCAUCAAACAGUGCUAGAGUUCCUGAAGAAUCUAUCCUGAAUCUCCUCAGGCACGCACUCAGCAAACAAAAUCCAAAACUGACCAAUUAAUGAGGGGAUUAAUCAACUUCUAUUAAGUUAAUCACAUGUUAAUCUACAAAUCUGGAAAGAAAUCAGUGUUUAGUACCUUCUCCCCCUCCUUCGAUAGUAAUGUGAUUUUAUUCUAACAACUUUUUGAUGUCUUGAUGUGAUUUAACGGAUUAUGCAGUGUACAGGUGUCAGUGGUCACUCAUUCUCCAUAACUUCAACCUCAUGAUUUUGAGGAUACAAUCUGAUUCUGUGAGCACUUCUUAUCUGUUGGUCCUUUGCUGCCUUGGUGUCCUGGGUUGUCAUCAGUCAAGAGUGGAAGGUGGGUGAUAUCACUAGUAAUACCAUUCCAGAUCUGUCUGUUGUAAGAUUUUCAAUCAUCCGCUCAUACCAGCACAUAAGAAGUAAUAGCAGGGAAAGACUGUUCACCCCGUUCAGCGCAGCAUGCCCAUUCUUCAGUUUUAACUCUAUUUUCCCACCUGCUCCCUGUAUCCCUUAAUUCCCUUAGUAACUAAACAUCUGCCUAUCUCAGUCUUAAAUGGAUUGAAUCAUGGAGCAUUGACAACCCUUCCCCUCAUCUCAGUCCAAAAUGAUUGGCCAUUUCUCCUGGGACUGCUCCCCAUGUCCUGGGUUCCUGAAUCAAGGGAAACAACCUCUUGGUGUUAAUCCUGUCAAGUCCCUUCAAAACUUUGUAUGCUUCAAUGAGAUCAGCUCUCAUUCCAAACUCCAGAGAACAUAGGUCCAAUCUCCUCAGUCUCUCUCCCCAAGGACCGAUUCCUGAUGAAGGGCUUAUGCCCGAAACGUCGAAUUUCCUAUUCCUUGGAUGCUGCCUAACCUGCUGUGCUUUAACCAGCAACACAUUUUCAGCUCUGAUCUCCAGCAUCUGCAGACCUCAUUUUUUACCCAUAUAGUCUUCAACCCAAGUAUGUCCUUCCUCAAAUAUGGGGAUCCAGACUGCAAUCAGUGGUUUCAGCAAGGCUUUGUACAAUUUUAGCCAAACUUCUUUAUUCCUGUCCUCCACCCUACAGUUGUACAUAGAACAUAGAACAAUACAGCACAGAACAGGCCCUUCGGCCCACGAUGUUGUGCCGAACAUUUGUCCUAGCUUAAGCACCUAUCCAUGUACCUAUCCAAUUGCCGCUUAAAUGACUCUGACUCUGCCAAUCCCACAGGCAGCGCAUUCCAUGUCCCCACCACUCUCUGGGUAAAGAACCUACCCCUGACAUCCCCCCUAUAUCUUCCACCCUUCACCUUAAAUUUAUGUCCCCUUGUAACACUCUGUUGUACCCGGGGAAAAAGUCUCUGACUGGCUACUCUAUCUAUUCCCCUGAUCAUCUUAUAAACCUCUAUCAAGUCACCCCUCAUCCUUCGCCGUUCCAAUGAGAAAAGGCCUAGCACUCUCAACCUAUCCUCGUACGACUUAUUCUCCAUUCCAGGCAACAUCCUGGUAAAUCUCCUCUGCACCCUCUCCAAAGCUUCCACAUCUUUCCUAAAUUUAGCCAAAACAGAACCAGAGAGCAUCAUGGAAGGUAGUUUUCAUGUCCCUGCAGCCUGUGCAAUUGAAAUCCAACUUCAGAUUUUAUAGCUGCUGGCAUUAGCGUAACCUCCAUCUACAGAUGUUGAUCCAUAACAUGGGAUGUUCGGAACAUGUGCCACAGGCGAUCGUUCCAGUUACUCUCAAUAUCUUCAAAUAUCCUGUCUGUGGAACCUGGCGUUCUCUGAUCUAUGGCUGGUCAUCUCAAACCUCAGAUCCCAAGCAGCAUGCAGAGGGACCCUUGGUAGGUUGGGCUUCCUGGAGCUCCAGUCCCUUGUCAACCCUUCCCUCUGUUAGUCCCCUCCUCAGGCUCACAUGUGGUGCCAUCCAUCUCAUCCACCUCAUUAGCUGCAUUCUGAGUAUGAAGGGCUGAUCUACUUUUGGUGUUAAGGUGAUGAAAGGAUUCAAUAGGUUGAGUUUUGGAGAAUUUGGAGUGUUUCCUCUGGUGCCCAAGGCCAGAACAAGAGGGGAUAUCCUUCGAAUUAGAAGCAGGACAUUCAGUGUAACACCAGAAAGUGCUGAUGUGCUCAGAAAGGGUCAAGGGAACACCCUUCCUCAAAAACCUGUUGAGACGCAGUGCAUGUGAUCCGAUAACUCUCUUUUCAGAAACCUUUCAACUUCAGCAGCAGCUGAUUGUUUUAGAACUCAGUCUGCAGGUUACAAACAGGCGGGGCUCAAAGCAACAUCGACUUUUCACAACAGAAACGGAACAGUUAAAGAGCUUUCUCAGCUCAGAGUCCACAUACUGAUUUUCCUGAUAAUAUUGAAAAGUUAAUAGAAUGCAUAGCAUAGCAUUUGGCUUAAUGUGCCUGGGAUUGGUGGCCAACUGUUCAAUUUGGAGUUAACUGGUCUUCUGGGGAGGUUCAGUUCAAGGCCCUGUCCGACUGCAAUCAGUGGACCGUAGAAUUGGGCAGAGUGUACAACAGCUAGGUCAAAUGGGGUUCUUGUGGCACAGUGGUAAUGCUCCUACCUCUGCACUAGGAGGUUUGUGUUCAAGCCUCAACUGCUCCUAUCUGAGCAGGAAACAUAUCUACAACAGCCAGUUCAUCCUCUAGCAGCCAUUUGAGACUCUCUGGCAACUGGAAUUCAUUACUGGCAACACUGCAUUGCAUUUUUUAAGUUAGGGAAAACAAUGUGCUCGAGAUGUGGGUUGUAGGUUUGCAAAAUUAGUUAUUGCCCAUCUAAACGCUGGAGCGUGUGUUUGUGAACGGCACCAUGUGCUCAAAACGUUAUUCAACACUUCCACCAGCAGGAAAACACCCAAGUGGCUAGUGAACCAGUAUCAAGCAAAGCCCAAUAAGGGCCAUGCUUGCAUGAAUAAAGUGAAUUGAGUUUUCUAAAGGGCUUCAUUGGCUUUCCAGCAUUGAUUACCAACAAUGUAAGGAUGUUCAUCAAGAAGUUCAGAUUCUUUCAAGGAAUUCUUGCAUCUGCUGCCAACUAACAAAUGACCUGAUUGGAAAUUCAAAGUCAUACCUGGUCACAGUGGAACACUCAAUCUCUACAUCAUUACACUACAGUAUUGUGUUCCUGUUCUCACCAAUAAUAGUCAACACAGUCAUUUUAUUCAUCGUUUUUAUGUCUUAAGAAAAACAAAAAUGUAGCUCUAAAUAUGGCCAGCCUUAUAAUAUAAAUCACAUAUUAUAGCAGCACUAUACUGCUAUAAUACUGCGACAUUCCCUGGCCUUGGUGAAUUUCUAGAGGUUUUGAUACUUUUAUCUGUACCUAUUUUCAUUACACAGCAUUGUAACCAUGUUGUCAACUAACUUAAUAAUGUAAUUCAGAACCAACAAAUAGCAGAUUUUGAUCAUUCUUUGCAGAGAAUAU